AAAUACAUUCAACUCAAAAACAUUUGGAUCAAACAAAACUCCAAGAGCUAUAGCAUAUCAAAAGGUUAUAAACCAAAUCUCCCAAAUAAAUGUCCUCUCAAAUUUUUGCAAAUUCUGUUUCAACUCAUGGUGAUAACAUGUCCAAUGAAAAUCGCCAUUUGGCCAAGUUUAAUCCUCACUUUUGGGGGGACAUUUUCCUCUCUUGUCCUUCUGAAAUGGAUAUGGAUACUAGAACUCAACUACAAUAUGAAGAUUUGAAGCAAGAGGUGAGGAGGAUGUUGGCCACAACUAUGGAUAAACCAUCCCAAAAAUUGUACCUAAUUGAUACAGUCCAACGCUUAGGUGUGGCUUACCAUUUUGAGAAAGAGAUAGAAGUUGCCUUACAAAAUAUAUAUCAUGUAGAUUGCAAUAAUAUUGAGGGUGAUGAUGAUGAUCUCUACACUAUAUCUGUUCGAUUUCGGUUGCUAAGAGAGCAUGGCUUUAAUGUUCAUUGCGAGUCUUUUAACAGGUUGAAAGAUGAGAAAGGAAACUUCAAGGAAUCUUUGAUUGGUGAUGUGAAAGGCUUGCUAGAACUGUAUGAAGCUGCACACCUGCGAGUGCAUGGAGAAAAUAUACUAGAAGAAGCUUUUGCUUUCACCACCUCUCAUCUAAAACAGGUAGAAACCAUGGUAGACUAUCCUCUCUCGAAACAAGUUGCCAAUGCUCUUAAGCGACUCCUUCGCAAGAGCUUACCAAGGUUGGUCGCUCGAAGCUACAUUUCUAUAUAUGAAGGAUAUGGCACCGAAGAUGAAAAUUUAAUAAAAUUUGCAAAGUUAGAUUUCAUGAUGGUACAACACUUUCACAAAAAGGAGAUAGGUGUUAUAUACAGGUGGUGGAAAGGCUUAGAUGUUGAAAAAAAAUUUUCUUUUGCACGAGAUAGAUUGGUGGAAUGUUACUUGUGGAUAUUGGGAGUGUACUUUGAACCCCAUUACUCCCUUGCUAGAACAUUCAUGACAAAAGUUACAGCCUUCACAUCAAUUUUGGAUGAUAUAUAUGAUGCAUAUGGCACACUUGAAGAACUUGAAAUCUUUUUGAAAGCAAUUCACAGGUGGGAUAUCAACUGCAUUGAUCCACUUCCGGACUACAUGAAAUUGUUUUAUAGUGAACUCCUAAAUGUUUAUAAAGAAAUGGAGGAUUUGAUGAUGAAGCAAGGAAAAUUAUACCGUGUUCAACUUGCGAAAGAAGCAAUGAAAGAGCAGUGCCAGGCCUAUUACGUUGAGGCCAAAUGGCUCCAUGAAAAUUACACACCAACUGUAGAGGAGUAUAUGUCUAUUGCAUUAGUUUCUUGUGCUUAUAAGAUGCUUACAAUUGCAUCUUUUGUUGGCAUGGAAGAUACCAUAACAAAAGACACCUUCAUUUGGGCAUUUAAUGACCCAAAGAUUCUUAGAGCUUCAACAAUUAUCUGCAGGCUAAUGGAUGAUAUUGCUAGCCACAAGUUCGAGCAAGAGAGAGGCCAUAUUCCCUCGGCCGUCGAGUGCUACAUGAAACAAUAUGGGGUAUCAGAGCAAGUGGCAUACAAUGAGCUGAACAAGCAAAUCGAAGAUGCUUGGAAAGAUAUAAAUGAAGAGUUCUUGAAACCAACAGCAGUGCCAGUGGCGGCUUUUAAUCGUAUUCUCAACUUCACAAGGGUUAUUGAUCUUAUUUAUAAGGAUGAAGACGCAUAUACACUUGUUGGUGAAGCAGUAAAAACUAGCAUCAAUUCCUUGUUGAUUGAUCCAAUCCCAAUUUGAUUGAAGAAUGAGGAAAAAAAAUCAGAGUUGCAUCUUAAGGUGGGGUAACAAAUAAGUAUAGAAUAUGUCAACUUAUGAAUCUUUUCUGCUUGGCAACCUGUUUCGAGGUUGAAUGCUUGACGUUGUAGCUAAUUUCCUUGUAUUUUCUGUCAUUGUGUUUGUGUUGUCAUGUGGUUAUUGGCUUAUUUAGGAUUUUUUUUCGUUUUGUUUUGGGGUUUUGUUGAUCAUCCCUUCCAUCUCUUGAUGGGGUUAGCUUGAGUUUCUUAGGUGU